AUGUGUUGGAACAUGCGAGUACUGACUCAAACAACAUUUGAUCUGCUUUCAUUCUAUACUCUGGAAGAGUUUAGCUGCUCCACAACGCCGAGUGAGGAUGCCUCUCCACUUUACAUGGUCGUUCAUCUCGAAAGACGUCGAUGCGAAACUACCUCAGUUACUCCUUCUACCGAGCAAGACUUGGGCGCACCUAUUACGUUAACAAAGAGAAUGGCCUCGAUGAUGGCGCUGAAAUUCGCUUCCAUGAACAAGAUUGCCACGACAGUCUCUCUUCGGUAUCUUCUACAAAUAGACGAACAACUGUCAGUUCAUGAAUUCUCUUUUUCUCAAUUUAUUUUACACCUCUAUAUACUUUUCACAUCCAUAUUUUCAGCUCGAAACGAGGUGCCUCAGGGUAUGUUCAUUCUUCGAUUUGCCAGUAGUGGCAUCACUAACUAG